CUUCGACAUCUACUUCCGGCCCCUGCAUGUUAGCCCCAUUCAUCAGAAAAGUAUUUCCGGUUUAUCACUCUUUUCGGCUACGGCUACAAAGUUGCUAAGAUGCCUCUUGCUAAGGAUUUGUUGCACCCUUCCACCGAAGAGGAGAAGAGAAGUCACAAGAAGAAGCGCCUUGUACAGUGUCCCAACUCAUAUUUUAUGGAUGUAAAAUGUCCCGGAUGCUAUAAGAUCACCACGGUGUUCAGCCAUGCCCAGACAGUGGUGCUGUGUGUGGGCUGCUCCACGGUGCUCUGCCAGCCUACCGGAGGGAAGGCACGACUCACAGAAGGGUGUUCAUUCAGGAGAAAACAACACUAAUCCAGACUGAUGAACCCCACCGGGGGGAGGAGAGACAGGAUUGGACGAUUGGUUUCAAGUGACUCUGCCAAGUGACGAUUAAGAGGAAAAUGGGCUGAAAUGAUGUUCUGGAAACUGAAGGAAGAAGGGAAAGGGAGUGUGUGUGAACACAAAUAUCCCUAGCCAUGUGAGACGACACUGCAGCUCUCCUCCACCUGUCCUUCUCUCUUAUUAAAAAAAGUUUAGUUUCUUUUCGUUAAAGAA